GUUGAGUCGAGUCGAGUUGAGAGGAUACCGUCGAGUUGGGGCGUCGUCUCCUGCCGUCGCCACCGUCGAGCCGGACGUCAACUAGACAGGGAGAGUGCCCAACGUUGUUCGACGGACCACCGCCUUUCCCGUCCACUUUACUAUUGCUAUUUUGUAUUUCGUGUGUGCUUUCACCCCACGUCCCACUCCGUUUGAUUAUUUAUUUAAAUAAUAAUAAUAAUAAUUUAUAUUAUUGUUAUUACUGUUAUUAGUUUAAAUAAUAAUAAUAACAAAUCAGUCGUCUUGAGCGCGGUGGUAUUUUUAUUUCUAUUUUUCUCCUAACCUGCUUCUGUAAAUCCAUCGGGGCCGCAGUGAGAUUUAAGCGGGGCUGAAGAAAUAAAAGCUCGCGAAGAUGUACGAUGUCGUGUGUAAGAAAAAGCGGUGAUUGGAGUGACAAUUUAAAUUUUAUAGAAGAAAAAAAACUUGUAAAGAAAAGUGAUUUUAAAUUAUUAAUAUGGGGAAAAUUUAUAAAAAAUUUAACGAGAAGAGCUGCGAUGAUAACAACAGUCUAUCAUUCAAAAGUUGUCACUGGCAACGUCAGUUAUCUAUUACAACCGCAACAACUACUACCACUCAUUACAACUGCUGAUGAUCGCAGCGUUGUUGUUGUUAUUAUUGUCAUUAUUAAUAUUAUUAUUACUACUGGUAUAACAAUAAUAAUAACCGGAGCUCUGAUACUCGCCAGAGUUUUAGCUGUAACUGUACUUGUAAUCAGUAGUGUCUUGACAGCCGUCGGUGGUGUUUCAAUAAAUACUGUCAACUACAUCACUGCUAACCGCCAGGUUAAAACACCCAGUUUAAACGCGGCCUCAAUUCCACGGUAAUGCCAGCCCGGAAAAAUCAACUCAACUGGGUUAUUGUUACGGCUGGAGACGAGUCGAGUGGCCGCGGGACUUGGUGAGACGCACAACCGUCUACCUUUCAACGUUACGUCGGAGCUUAUCUGCGACGAGGACGAGGUUGAGGGCUACACAAGUGUCGCCAGCCAGUUUGUAAUAACCUACCACAAUGGAUUGUGCAUUUUUUAAGCACAUACGAUGGCCGAUUCACGCGGCUUCAAGCCAAUAAAUUUGUGGAGCGGUGACCCGGACUCGGAGUGUCUUUACGAGGAGAUAUCUGGUCUCUCGUCAUCGGUGGACCCAGAGCGUCGCAGCGUAGGAUCCGGGACCAGCGAGCGGAGCAGCCGGUCGAGGCGCAAAGCGAGCAGUCAGGAGACUCUCCAGCGAGCAGCAAGUGUAGGCAGACGCGUGUAUCACCAACAGGAGCAGGCCCAGGCGGUUUUGAUUCCCGAUAAAUCGGUUCCCCAGCCGCAAGUGCGUCACAAUACUCUUCCCGCUAAUUAUCAGCACCAGCAUCAACAGAUUCAGCACCACCAAUUGCAGCAGCUGCAUCAACAGCAUUUGCAUCAGCAGCCGUACUCAGGAACAACCCAAUCAGCGGUACACAAUUUCCGGGAUCAAUUCGGGAGUGGAAACACCGCCGGCAGGGUGGAGGAGCAAUAUGCCACACGAGGAUUCUAUGGGGAGUCUCUACACGGCGCCCCAUUCGAGGCUUCUGCCUCAUUCAAGCUGACGAGGGGACGCACCGCUGCCCACUAUCAUCACUAUCAUCAUUACACCAGCAGUCUGCGGCGUCCUGGCGCUAGACCCGCACCUAGAUACCACUUUCCACGCGGUGUAUUCAGUGAUGAGACGCAGGAAGAAAUACAAGAGGACGAUGAAGCUACUCUCAGAGAGUUGCUCGUAAGUCUGCAGAAACAGGUCAGCGUGAUGAGUAUGAACUUGAGUGCCAAGCUGGACGAGCUUCAGCAGCGGGGUGACCGUCAGCUCGAGACGACGGUGGCUCUUUGUGAGAUUCGUACUCAGCUACAGGAGCUCACCAAGAGCGUCGAGUCCUGUCAGAGCGAGGUCAGCGAGGUCAAACGGGACAUGGUCGCGAUAAAGAAUAUUGUUCUUGUCACGCGCUGCCUGCAGCACGAACUGGACACGGUGCAGCAAGUCAAGGAGGAAAUUGAGGAAUUACGGGAGUACGUGGACCGACUUGAGGAGCAUUCACAUCGACGGAAACUCAGGCUUUUGGAACAGGGAUUAACAUUUUUCCUGGCGUACGCGAUAUUCGCAGCGGUGUUUGGAAUGCUUCAGUUCGGAUACAACACUGGAGUAAUAAAUGCACCUCAAGGGAAUAUUGCCAACUUCAUGAAAGAUGUCUACAAAGACAGGUACGGCGAAGAUAUGCCUGAUUAUUAUGUUAAAAAUUUGUACUCGGUAGCAGUGAGCAUAUUUGCAAUUGGGGGGAUGAUCGGUGGGUUCAGCGGCGGAAUUAUUGCUAACAGAUUUGGAAGAAAAGGGGGACUGCUACUAAACAAUGUACUAGGAAUAGUAGGAGCAUGUUUAAUGGGUUUCACAAAAGCAGCUCAUUCAUACGAGAUGUUAUUCUUGGGACGUCUUAUAAUCGGUAUUAACUGCGGACUGAACACGUCAUUAGUUCCCAUGUACAUAUCGGAAAUAGCCCCGCUGAAUUUACGAGGUGGGCUGGGAACUGUUAAUCAGCUGGCUGUUACUAUCGGCCUCUUAAUUUCCCAAGUACUGGGUAUUGAACAAAUUCUGGGCACUAAUGAUCGCUGGCCCGUUCUACUGGGCUUAGCUGUCAUACCGCCUAUUGCACAACUUCUGUUACUGCCAAUCUGUCCAGAAUCUCCAAGGUAUUUGCUCAUCACCAAGCAGUGGGAAGAGGAAGCACGUCGCGCACUGAGAAAACUCCGAGCUAGCAAUCAAGUCGAAGAAGAUAUUGAAGAAAUGAGAGCUGAGGAGCGAGCUCAACAGGCUGAGUCGACUAUUUCGAUGGGCGAGCUUAUAUGCAGUCCAACUUUAAGAGCUCCCCUCGUUAUUGGUGUAGUCAUGCAACUAUCACAGCAACUUUCGGGUAUCAAUGCAGUCUUUUAUUACUCGACAAUACUGUUCCGAAGUGCUGGAUUGUCUGACGAAAGUGCCAAGUUCGCAACAAUCGGUAUAGGCGCUAUUAUGGUUGGUAUGACGUUAGUAUCCAUACCGUUAAUGGAUCGCACUGGUAGACGAACGCUACAUCUAUAUGGUCUCGGUGGAAUGUUUAUAUUUUCCAUAUUCAUCACCAUUUCGUUCCUUAUAAAGGAGUUUUUCAAUUACGUACAGGAAAUGAUCGGGUGGAUGUCUUAUCUAUCAGUGGUAUCGACAUUAAGUUUCGUAGUAUUCUUCGCCGUGGGACCGGGUUCGAUACCGUGGAUGAUCACCGCCGAGUUAUUUUCUCAAGGUCCUCGUCCGGCUGCCAUGUCAAUUGCUGUCCUCGUUAAUUGGAUGGCUAAUUUUGUCGUCGGAAUCGGUUUUCCAAGCAUGAUGACCUGUCUCGAUAAUUAUACAUUCCUACCGUUCAGUGCAUUCCUGGCUGUUUUCUGGAUCUUUACGUACAAAAAGGUCCCGGAAACUAAAAACAAGACCUUCGAAGAAAUAUUGGCUCUCUUUAGGCACAACCACGACAGGAGCAGCUUGCGGGACAGCCGACUUUAUGGGAGCAUGCUAAACAGUACGAAUGCGUUAGAGGGACACAUACCGCCAGCCGAGAGUGCAGCCCUGAUGGUGGCCGAGGAGAAGCCACAUCCUGACUCAUUUGUGUUUGCAGCUGGAUCAGAACGCUCUUCCAUCGCUCCCGCUCAACCGGAGAGGGCACCGCCCCCGCUUCCCCCGCCACGCUUUCCGAACAGCGGUGUCUGACAAUGGGAAACUCCUCUUAAUAUUGGGAACUUUAUGAUAAUUAACACACCAAUACCGCUGCUAUUGAGUACAAAUAGUCUCACUUUGGAGAACCAUCUGUACGAAUUGAUAACAGAACGCAGUAAAGCUUGCGCCGCAUUCUUGAGAAAUAGUUUAAGGCGCGCCGCUUCAAACGCUAACACAAUACAAUGGAAUAUUAAUGUCGAGUCGGGUUUAAUUAACACCAGCCAUCAGUCACAUUUAUCUAGACCCUAAACUAAUUCACUGUUAAUAACAAAUAGUAGUUAAUACUUAAUAAUUAAUAAUUAACAUUAAUCACUAUUGUUAGUGAAAAACUAAAUUUAAUUUUCAAAAUUAAAUUUUCCCGAUUAAUCUUUCGAUUUUCGACUGCUGUCUCCAAAAGUGUUCAACUCACGACAACCCUCGUCACAUCUAAUUACGAUGCGAUCAUAAAUUUAAAAAUCACGGACUAUGGUAUGAAAAAUUAAUUCUACUGUCUAUCAUGCCUAUUUAUCAUUAAGAGUGCAAGUUAAUUAUUUUAAUAAAUAAAGACUUCGAGUUUGUGCGACAAAUUUUAUUAAUUAAUUAAUUAAGAUUUAAAUAAUUCAAUUUUACUUAAUUCAUUUGAGUUGUGGGUGUAACGGAAGGUUUUUCAGUCCUCUGAAUAAUUAAUCAUUAAUCUGAGAUUUUAAAACCCGGAAAAAAAAUAAUUUUAUUGGCAAACCUUCCAUUAUAUGUACAUACUUGUGUAUAUAAUUGUAAUUUAAGUUUCCGUUGAUUUAAUUCGUUUUAUCUGUUAAAGUUAUAGCUAUAAUUAUUGAUUAUAAAUUAUAAAUAAAUAAAUUUUGUACUAUAUUACUCGGUGGUAUUUAGAGUAAAGUUGUUUGACGUUGAUCUAAGUUUAUUUGUCGUUUGGGUAUUCAUUGAACAGUAUUCUAAAAACUGUGAUUUAUAUUUAUAAAAUAUUUAUAUUGAAGUUAAAAGUUUAAAAAAUAUAUUAGUUAAUUUAUUUAUUAAUUAAAUGAGUAAUUAAGUUAAUAAUGCGGAUUGAAAAUUCAAUCGAAAUUAUAAUGCUGAUGUUAUUGAUUCAAUCUCAUAUCAAAUAACCAAGGGGUAAUAUAGUACUGUUUAAUUAAAUAAUCAAUCUUUGAUUAUGUGCUUGUCUUGUAUUUAUCGAUGAGAUAUUUAUUUUUUAAUCGACGUAAUAUUUUUUUAUGUAAUUUGCUCUGGAAUUGUUCAUUAAAAAAAUUUUGUAUUUUUACCGGCUGACUAAAUUAGAUUUUACUCCUUAAUUUGUUUCAUUUAAAAAUUUUUUAGAGUUUAAUUGGAUUAAUUAAUAAAUUGUUUGAUAUUUUUUAUUGAGAACUAGUCAAUUAAUAGAUAAAUAUAGUCUUAACGUAAAUACAAGAUGUGAAAUAAUCGAAAAAUUGAUUAAGUUGAAGAAUAAAAUUAAAAAAGUGUGUACGAUUUAUUAACUGAUUAUUAAAAAAGUAAUUAUCUAAUAAACGGCUGUAUAAAUUGUAACCGCUAGCAUAUCCGUUCGAUAGACAAAAAAAAAGUAUAAAUAAAAGCAUUAAAUAAUAUUAAAUAUGUAUUUUAACAAUUCGAAUCUUGGAUUCGAUGAGUACACACGUGUUCAUAAGUUUGUUUAAAUUUACGCGUUAGAUAAAUUUGUUUUUAGAAGCUUUAAUUAAACACGUACAAUUAUAAACGAGGACUAGCAAAAUUUAUUGAGAUUAAAAAACGGCUGAUCGUUUUUAAUAAACACAAUGAAACAAUGAAAUAUACAAUGAAGUAAACGUUGCAUAUGUACUUAAAUUUUAUUGGUUUUUAUUUAACCAUUAACGUCUAGAUAACUUGAUUAAAAAGUAAUAGACGAAUGUCAUCCGACCACAUAUGUAUAAAAUAAAACUAAUAAUAAUUAUCAUUUAUAAAUUAUUAUACAAUAACAAUAAUUAUGAUAAUAAUAUUUAUUAAGUCCGAGGCACAUUUUUCUUAGAAGCGUAAAUUUGCAUACCCACAAUUAGGUAAAAAACGAGCAAUAAUCGCAUAAAUAGUACCCUUUUAUUUAUCUUUUUUCUUAUAAACGAUUUAUGAAUAAAGAUUAAUCAAUAAUGAUAAAUAAAUUAGAUAGAGCCUUUGGAUCAGUCCAUCAAGCAAGUUAUUACUUAAACAAACUAAUUAAAUUGUCAAAUAUAAGUUCACUGCCAUUCAAAUGACUUGCGCUUAAUAAAUGAUUUAAAAAGUGAAGUUUUUAAAUAAAAAAAAAACACUAAAGCGCCAAAUAUUCCAGGUGAAUGUAAUGUGUACAGUAUGUUAAUGUACUAAGUUAUGUAUUAAUUAAUUAAUGGUAUGACAUAACAUAAUAUUAAUGGUAAUGUAAUGAUAAUGAGUGUUAUGUAACUCAUUUUAGCAACUAAACCGUAAUAUUAAUAAUAAUAAUAAUUAUAUUAAUGAUAAAAUAUAUAGAAUUAAUUACAGAGCUAUUAUGAAUGAAAAUGAUGCACGCUUUAAGGUAAUACUGCAAUUAAAUGUGGUCAAUGGUAAUACAUUCAUAAAUAAUAAAUAAAUUUUAUAAUAAGCAAUUAUUAAUCGUGUAAUUUCACUCGACACUGUGAAUCAUUAUUUUUAAUUAAAUAAUAUAAGCAGUGUGAUUGAUUUAUUGAUUAGUAUUAUUUAUCUUUGAUCGAUUAAAUUAAAUUGAAACGAAUAUUAUUAAAUAAAUAAAUAAAUAUAAUAUUAAUACCUUAACAGUCCUCACUUAUCCUUGUAAAUAAAUGGUUGACUCUAUUUAGCGUAGCGUAAAUUUGAAUAGUUUAAAUAAAUAAUUUAUUAAUGAGUUUACGGAAGAACUUGAUCUUAACGCAUUUUCAAUCCAUAUGAAGCUCUGUGAUUAUAAUUAAUUAAAGAAAGAUAAAUAACAAUUAUAAUUAUAAUUAUAUUAACAAAAAAAAAUACGCUGAUAGAUGCUAUGUAACUAGAAUAAAUUGUGUACAGUGCAAAGUGGUGAAAUUAACGAUAAUAAUCGAAAUCAUUCUGGAGUAAUUAAUAGUUGAUCGAUUAAUAAGAUCGUUAUGAUUAUGAUUAAUAAUAUUAUUAUGACUAUUGAUUAUUUAUUAAUAUUGAUAUUGAUAAAUUGAAAUGUUUUUUUUGGAGGAAGUUCUUUGAGGACCAACUUCCAUGGAAAUUUUUAAACACGUAAAUAUUAUAUGUAACGAAUAAAUAUUAAAUGCGUAAGACAUUAAUAAGAAUAAAUAAUAAAAAAAAAUAAAUAAACUUUCUAUAUUAACCGUACCAGUAGUAUCUGUUAAGAGAUUCAAAAGAAUAAUAACAAAUUAGUGACUAUGCUAAUUUCCUUAUAAAAAAAAUCUCCAAUCCUUCAACUUUAUACUAUCGUCAAUUUUGUUAUUCAAUGAAUAAAGAUACAUUAAAGACUAA